ACAUUGUAGUAAUACUUAAGUCUCUUCUCAGCAACUUGGUCUCAGUUUCUUGCAUGCUGAUGCUGCUGAUUUAAUUAACGUUUUGCGUUUGUCGUAAUGCCCGUUUAACUUUCUCUCCUCUCCCUCUUUUUAUUUGUCGUACGAUAGAUGAUGAAAUUAUAAGCACAUUUUACUUAAAUAUAAUUUAAUUGAUUUUGUUGAAUUAGCUUCACAUUUAGUGUAUUUCCCAUGAGGAACAGCAUGAGUAAUCCCCGCCAAUGUGUGCGAUUAUUGACUAUUUUCUUGUUGGUCUAUUUUGUCAGUGUGCAAUCACAAAAUCAAUCUAACUAUGCCCCAAGAGACGCGAUUUUCUUCAACUGUGGAGGCCCUAAUUCCACUGAUUCCGACGGCCGAAAUUGGAUAUCCGACAGCAGCUUCGCCCCGCCCACCACCACGGCCGCCGCCACCGCAGACGCGCAGAAGCCCGACGUGCCUCAAGUCCCUUACAUGACAGCCCGAGUCUCCCGCUCCAACUUCACCUACACCUUCCGAGUAGCUCCAGGCCGCAUCUUCGUCCGUCUGCACUUGUACUCCGCCUCCUACAACGGCCUCAACGCCGCCAACGCUCUCUUCUCGGCCACGACAGCAGGCUACACCCUCUUGAAAAACUUCAGCGCCGCCCAGACGAUGGAGGCUCUCAGCUCCACUCACAUGGUGAAGGAGUUUUCCGUCCACGUUCCGCCGGGACAAGCUCUGAACAUCACAUUCGCGCCAGCUGAAGAUUCCGGCAACUCGUAUGCCUUCGUGAAUGGGAUCGAAUUGGUGUCGCAUCCCGAUAUAUACACCAUGGAUGCCACUGCAAUCGUGGUGGGCCAAUCAACUGGAUUCAGCGUUGAUAACUCUACAGCCAUGGAAAACGUCUACCGCCUUAACGUGGGCGGAAACGCCAUCAAACCGUCUGAUGAUAAUGGGCUUUUCCGAUCAUGGGGUAUUGACCUGGAUUACUUGUUUAGUGCAGCCUCUGGGGUCACCGGAGCUCCCGAUCCGAACGUCACGGUGGGAUUGCCGUCAAACUACGCGGCGCCGCUGGAUUUGUACACGACGCUGAGAUCGAUGGAGCCUGAUGACUCUGUCAACCGAAAUUUCAAUCUCACUUGGCUCUUCGCUGUGGAUUCCGGCUUCUCCUACCUUGUUCGCCUCCAUUUCUGCGAGAUAGACGGCGUUAUAAACAAGACAAACCAGAGGGUUUUUAGCAUUUUCUUGAACAAUCGGACUGCGGCGGCUGAGGCGGAUGUGAUUGCCUGGGCGGGCGGAAAUGGAGUUCCGAUUCACCGGGAUUAUGUUGUGUUCGUCCCCUCUUCCGGUCCGCCGCGCCAGGAUCUUUGGCUCGAUUUGCAUCCUUACACUGCUUCCAAGCCUCAAUACUACGACGCUAUCUUGAACGGAUUGGAGAUUUUCAAGAUUAAUGACACUAGAGGCAAUCUUGGUGGCCCAAAUCCAAUCCCUCCCCCUCGCCCAAAAUCCGAUCCUUCAAGUAAACGGCCCUCAAAAAAUCACAGAGCCGCCAUCGGAGGAGGGGUUGGCACCGGAGUUGCUGCGCUUCUUGUGGUUCUUCUACUUGGUUGUUGCCGUCGGAAGGACUCCAGCGGCGGUGAAGCUGAGGGCAGCAGCAGCAGCAACCUCCCUUCAAACGUCUGCCGCCACUUCUCCAUCGCGGAGAUCAAGGCCGCCACCAACGAUUUCGACGAGGCUCUUCUCCUCGGCCUGGGAGGCUUCGGCAAGGUCUACAGAGGCGAGAUCGACGGCGGCAGCACCAAAGUAGCCGUCAAGCGAGGGAACCCGCAGUCGCAACAGGGGGUGCACGAGUUCCAGACAGAGAUCGAGAUGCUCUCCAAGCUCCGCCACCGCCACCUCGUCUCUCUCAUCGGAUUCUGCCAAGACAACUGCGAGAUGAUCCUCGUCUACGACUACAUGGCUAACGGAACUCUCCGCGAUCAUCUCUACGGCACCUCAGCCGCUCCCCUGUCGUGGAGGCAGAGGCUGGAGAUCUGCAUCGGCGCCGCGCGCGUCUUGCAUUAUCUGCACACGGGGCCCAAGCACACCAUCAUCCAUCGCGAUGUCAAGACGACCAACAUACUCUUGGACGACAAGUGGGUGGCGAAGGUCUCCGAUUUCGGGCUGUCGAAAACGGGGCCUUCGCUGGACGACACCCACGUGAGCACCUUGGUGAAGGGCAGCUUCGGGUAUCUGGACCCGGAGUACUACCGGAGGCAGCGGCUGACGGAGAAAUCCGACGUGUACUCGUUUGGAGUGGUGCUCUUUGAGGUCCUGUGCGCUCGUCCGCCUCUGAUGCGGAGGCUGCCGGAGGAGCAAGUUAGCUUGGCGGAGUGGGCGCAGCAAUGCUACAACGAGGGCGUCCUUGAUGGGAUUGUGGACCAGUUUCUGAUCGGGAAGAUUGCGCGAGAGAGCUUCGAUAAGUUUGCGGAGACGGCGGCGAAGUGCGUGGAUGAGGUGGGGAUGGAGAGGCCGUCGAUGGGGGAUGUGCUGUGGAAUCUUGAGUUCGCGCUGCAGCUGCAGGAGACCUCUGAGGAGCUUCAUUUGGAUUCGAGUGGGGUGACUCCCAGUGCUGUUCUUUCUCAUAUUAUGAGUUUGGAGGGCCGAUGAAAUGCACUACUUCAUUUUCUCUCUUGCAUUUCUACAUACAUGUACUGUCGAUUACCGUUUACUUCUGUUUUUGUGUUGAAAGAGCAUAAUAAAUUAUUCAUUUGAAAUUGGGGUGAAAA